GUGUAGCUCAAGGCCCAAAUAUGCGUCCAAGUUGACCUACACACCUGGAUGGCUGGAUCAGCAAAAGAUGGAUCCAAACCCAUAUAUCAACAGGCUCACAGACUUGAUUGGGCUCAGGAGGCCCAGAGGCUUGGCUUAGCUUGGCUCAAUACCAAACGCACCACCCUAACAGAGUCUCCAUUAUCCCGUUGGAAGGUGGAGUCUUCAAAGAGAGAGUGUCCAUGAUGGUAACAUGAUUAUGGUCAAGAUCAACCCUUUUUGGAUCAACAUCACAACCAAAGAACAAUACAUAUACAUAUAUACUGAUAUACACAUACCACAGUGAGAAUUGGUGACAAUAAGAUAUAGUAAUUGAUUUUGAUGAUGACGAUCAUGAUUCAACAUGCCAGGGUUCUUCGAUGCUGGGUGUCCAAAUCCAACUUCAAACACAAAGAAGAUGAAAAGAAAAAAAGAAGAAACCAAUCCCAAAUCCAAACCCAACAAAACAAUCGUACCCUUUUGAGAAAAAUCUUGAUUGCACUACUAGUACUACCUCUUAUUCCUUCCCCAGAAAUCUCAAGAACAACAGAAAAAGACACAUAAAGCACAAAGAGCAACAACAACUACAAAGUUUCGUACCUUAAAUUUUAAUUUUCUCUAAGAAAUCGUGCAUUGUAUAUUUCUUUUUGAGUACGAUAAGUAACAGGUUGUUAGUAUUCCAGUCAUAGGUUAAUCUAUCCGCUUUGAAAAGUUAGCCCAAUCAAAUGUGAGAGAUCAAUCCCCAUUUGUGUUUCGGUCAAAUUGGGUUUUCGGAUUUGGUUGUUUACGGGUUAUUUUCUUGGUUGUCAAAGUUAAAGAAUCAAAUCAUCAAAGGUUUUUACAGGCGUGUUUUGUUUUGACUUGACUUGAUCGGAAUCUGUUUCCUUUGGCGACUGGCUAAUUUUUUGAUAACCUCGACUUUCUUCACAACUUAAUUUAAUUUAUUUAUAAUUUGUUUUUAACAGAGGAUUUUUAUUUUUCGAAGUGAAAAGAUGCGUACUUUUUUUCGUUUCGAGAUUUAUAUCGGUCUUUGUAGUCUCUAGGGUUUCUGGACUUUACCCUUCUUAAUUCUUGCUUCGAUUUUGUUUCUGGGUUUUUCUCCGUUCUCUUUGUUUUCUUCAAUUUUUGCAGUUCCAGGUUUCUCUGGAUACAAUAAGAGUGCUUUCUUGGUGAGUUAUUGAUUUGAGAUGCUUUUAGAUUCGGAGAAAGUUUCAGAAUUUUGAUUUGAUCGUUCUUCCAUCCAUAUUGAGGCAUUGGUAUUUGGUACCACGGCGUUUGGAUUUCUUUAUUCUUUGUAAUUUUUCUGUGAACAAUUUCGGUGGUCUCUGGCAUGUGCGCAUGAUGUUUCAUGCUCAGGGUCCUGCGAGGAGUCAUUGUAGUAUGCUCGCAGUUUUUUGUGGCAAGAUCCCAGGUAAUAAGCAGAAGCCGUCAAUUUCUGAUGACAAGCCCAGAUACCCAUUCCCGCAGCUAGCUUCUUCUGGACGCCUUGAGGUACAGGUUUUGACCAAUCCAAGUAUUGAUGAGUUCCAACGAGUACUUGAAUCAUUGGAACCAAAUAUUGUUUACUUGCAAGGAGAGCAAAUUGAAGAUAGUGAAGAUAUUGGAUCUCUUCGAUGGGGAGAUUUUGAGUUAACUACUUCGGAGGCCAUAUGUGAGCUCUUUGGAUCCACAUUGCCCACCACUGUUUAUUUGGAGAUCCCAAACGGUGAAAAGUUGGCAGAGGCACUUCGUUCUAAGGGUGUUCCUUAUGUCAUAUACUGGAAAAAUGCAUUUUCAUGUUAUGCGGCUUGCCAUUUUCGUCAGGCAAUUCUGUCAGUUGUACAAAGUUCGUGCAGCCAUACAUGGGAUGCGUUCCAAUUCGCUCAUGCAUCUUUUAGGCUCUACUACAUUCGAAACAACAAUGUAUUAUCUUCAAGUAGCCUGAAGACUAACGGGCAGCCUGGACCAUACUUGUUUGGGGACCCUCCUAAGAUUGAUAUUGGUCCCCUGGAGGAAGAUUUGGAGGGAGAAGAAAGAUCUCCAGGAUCCCUUCCUGCUAUAAAGAUAUAUGGCGAAGAUGUGAGCAUGAGGUUUCUUGUCUGUGGCAUACCAUGCACUUUGGAUGCCUUCUUGUUGGGAUCAUUGGAGGAUGGACUCAAUGCCCUUUUGAAUAUAGAAAUCCGUGGGAGUAAACUUCACAAUCGAACAAGCGCUCCACCGCCACCUCUUCAGGCUGGGACAUUUUCUCGUGGGGUAGUGACCAUGCGAUGUGAUGUAUCGACCUGCAGUUCUGCACACGUAUCACUUUUGGUUUCUGGUAGUGCACAGACUUACUUUAAUGACCAGCUUUUGGAGAAUCAUAUUAAAAAUGAGCUUAUCGAGAAGAGUCAGCUAGUUCAUGCAUUACCUAGCUGUGACGAAGGCAAAUUGCCUUCAUCUGAACCAAGAAAGUCUGCUUCUAUUGCCUGUGGUGCAAGUUUAUUUGAAGUUCAUAUGAAGGUUCCCACAUGGGCUUCACAGGUUUUGAGGCAACUUGCACCAGAUGUAUCUUACCGUAGCCUAGUUAUGCUAGGAAUUGCUAGCAUUCAAGGCUUGUCAGUUGCUUCUUUUGAAAAGGAUGAUGCGGAAAGACUGCUUUAUUUUUGUACAAGACAGGGUAAGGAGCUUCAUGCAAAUAAUUCUUUCCUCAGUAAGUCCCCUAGCUGGUGGAUGCCACCUGCACCUUGCCGCAAAAGAUCUGAGCCAUGCCAAGAAUCCAAACCCUUGAAUGGUAAUGGCCUGGAAGGUCGAAAUGGAGGAAACGUUAGACAAAAACUCAAUGUUGCUGCAUUAAGACCAAUUCCACACACUCGAGGACAUAAGAGGUUAUCUUUCGCUGGAUUUGCGGAGGGUGAAAGAUACGAUGGGAACCAAGUAAAAGUCAACUUGCCUGUUGCCCCGGCAAAGCAUGUCCCUGCUCCAGUCGCACAUCGGAAGUCAUUGUCAAGCUCUUUUAAGGCUCAGCAUAUUAUUUCGUUGAAUCCUCUACCUUUGAAGAAGCACGGUUGUGGCAGAGCACCAAUACAGAUGUGCUCGGAGGAGGAAUUUAUGAUGGAUGUGAUGCAAUUUCUGAUACUUCGUGGGCAUACUCGUCUUGUUCCUCAAGGUGGGCUAGCUGAGUUUCCAGAUGCCAUUUUAAAUGCAAAACGCCUUGACCUCUUCAACUUGUAUAGAGAGGUGGUUUCAAGGGGAGGCUUUCAUGUUGGGAAUGGAAUCAAUUGGAAGGGACAAGUUUUUUCAAAGAUGCGUAAUCACACCUUAACCAAUAGAAUGACUGGUGUUGGCAACACACUAAAAAGACAUUAUGAAACUUACCUUCUGGAAUAUGAAUUGGCACAUGAUGAUGUUGAUGGGGAAUGCUGCUUGUUGUGUCACAGUAGCGCAGCAGGUGAUUGGGUGAACUGCGGAAUAUGUGGUGAGUGGGCACACUUUGGGUGUGAUAGACGGCAAGGGCUCGGCGCCUUUAAGGACUAUGCUAAAACAGAUGGACUUGAAUAUAUAUGUCCACACUGCAGCAUCUCAAAUGUCAAGAAGAAAUCUCAGAGAACUGCGAAUGGAUAUUCAUAAAUCUUCGCAUUCUUGGGAUCUACCUCUAAAAUCUCACUUUCUUAUCACUAUAUUUUUAUGAGAAUGUGCAAGGGAAGGCAUGUAUUAGGAAUGUAAUUAUUGUAUUGUAUUCUAUUGUUGUCUACAUAUAUGGAUGACAGACAGAGCAUAAGAAGGCCGCCGCCCACCCCCACAAAAUGUACUCUUGAAGGAGAAGUAAUUGUAGUCCAUCAGCUUAAAAUUUUGAAGGUUUUAUGACAAACACAGAAAAGAACCUGAAGGAGUACAGAAAUUUCCUA